CACAAAUAAAGUGGUGAUUGGUUUGAGUCAAUCCUUUGUCUCACUUUUGACGCAUUAAUCCACAGAUCAGUCCAUAAACUGAGAGACACUUUAAGGACAACUCUUUCAUACCAUUCGUCCAUCGCUUUGAUCAUAAACUCAGUCACAAGAUAUCACACAAACGGAUCCAAUCAUCAAAUCUCAGAAAUGUUACCAAAACUGUCGGAACCGUUACCACUGGAUGUGAUCACUCAAGACAUGCAUAUCAUUCAUAUAAUACACGAGAAAUACAAAGACAAGUAUUGCGAUAAUUGUGUCCAACGAUCGGAUCAAUUGAAGAAAUAUGCGAAAUGUCUUCACAUGUAUUACUGUAGUAAAGAGUGUCAGAGAAUGACUGGAAGUAUCACAAGUAUCGCCGCAAUUGUGGCCGAGACGUGUGGGUCGGGCUAUCAGCGCCCGAACAGUGUCCGCGACGUGUGGGUCGGCCUGUCAUCGCCCCUGCAGUCGGCGCCGGGCUAUCAGCUCCCCAACAGUGUUCGCGACGUGUGGGUCGGCCUGUCAUCGCCCCUACAGUCGGCGCCGGGCUAUCAGCUCCCCAACAGUGUUCGCGACGUGUGGGUCGGCCUGUCAUCGCCCCUACAGUCGGCGCCGGGCUAUCAGCUCCCCCGACGCGCACGACUCGGCCAC